ACCCACCCACCCCACAUGUCAUUACACCACUCACCCCAAUAAGGGAAUUGGGACUGGACGAGGAGUGCGCGCACGGUCAGGGUUGGGUGACACCGGUGGCUCAGAUCUCCGCCCUCCCUCCGUCUCGCGGCUAUUUCUGGCCCGGGCCCUGUGACAGCGAGAGUGUGUCUCGUCCUGACAGCUGGCCGCCACGUCCAAAUCAAAACAAGGCAGCACUGGCUGGAGACCUUACCCCUGUGACCACCGCAACGUCGCCGCAGGUGCAGUGCGCUGGUGCUAACGGGAGACAGGACAGGGGACGUGAGAGACGGAGGCCCUGGGCACUGAGAAAUCCUGAGACUGAGCUUUUGAACUGAAGUUUAUUAAGCCACAACAAAGGAUUUUAAUAAGUAGGGGUCUGACUGAAGAGGCAGACAUUGACCCAGCAGCAAGGCACUUGAAGUUGAAUUGACGCGAAGAUGACAAAUGAGGAGGACAAGGAUCCUGAUAUUGAACUUUUUGUCAAGGCGGGCAGCGAUGGGGAGAGCAUUGGAAACUGCCCAUUUUCACAGAGACUCUUCAUGAUCCUGUGGCUCAAAGGUGUGGUGUUCAAUGUCACCACCGUUGACCUAAAAAGAAAGCCACCAGACCUCCAUAACUUGGCUCCUGGGACUCAUCCACCUUUCCUUACUUUCAAUGGGGAAGUGAAAACUGAUGUCAACAAGAUUGAGGAGUAUCUGGAGGAAAUGCUGGCUCCCCCGAAGUAUCCCAAACUGGCUGCAAAGAACAGGGAGUCCAACACAGCAGGAAAUGACAUCUUCGCCAAAUUCUCAGCCUAUGUGAAAAACACGAAACCAGAGGCCAAUGCAAGUCUUGAGAAAGGCCUUCUCAAAGCACUGAAGAAGCUCGAUAUUUUCAUGAACUCUCCAUUUCCCGAUGAAAUCGAUGCGGACAGCAUGGAGGAAGAGAAGGGAUCCACGCGCAAGUAUCUGGAUGGAAAUGAGUUAACCCUAGCAGACUGCAACCUCCUGCCAAAACUGCAUGUUGUCAAGGUUGUGUCUAAGACGUUCCGCAACUUCGACAUCCCAUCAGAAUUGACAGGGGUGUGGAGGUACCUGCAGAAUGCUUAUGCCCGUGACGAGUUUAUCAACACCUGCGCAGCAGACAAGGAGAUUGAGCUCGCCUACCAGGAUGUAGCAAGGAGAGUUGCCAAGUGAGGAAAUCUGCUACACCACAGCUCUGGUCUUGAUAAAAAAAUAACUUUUUUCAAAAAGGAUUUCAGCAAGGGAGGGGGGCUCUUCCUGCUGUGUUUCUCUCUUAUAGAACCAUGUGUGUUUGAUGUUCUUGUAAUUGCACAAAGGAGUGAAUAGCUCUCUCUGAUGAUCCUACUGUGCAUGCUGUUGCCAUUUCCCUGUCUUAGGCCCAUGUAGCAUCUGCACUUUUACCUGCUUUAUGUGAUGUGCCACUGAACUUAGCCUUAUCUCUCAUGAUGCAGCUCUUCAAUUAGGGGAAUAGUUAAGUUCAUUCUUUAAUGUUGAUCAUAAUAGUUAUUAAUUAUAAGCAAAUCAUUUACAUAGUCUCUUUUUUAUUUUUGUGUUUUGUCUGUCUGUAUUAUAUGUACUGUAUGUCAUCUAAAAUGCCAUCUCUAUGGCUGAAAGAACCUUUUUAGCUUCACAUCUUUAUACGCAAGUUUCAAAUGUAAAGAUAAAUGUUAAUCAACAGAUGCUCUUAAUAUCCCUAAUCUGCCUAUUCAUUAGUAUUGAGAUACUGAUGCUGUCUUGGACAGAAGGCCUGACAAACCGUAUGUGAUAUGUGAUAUGUAAUAUUUAUCAACUUAAUAUGCUGGAUGGUCUUUCCUGAUUUCUUGUGGGGUUUUUUGUUUACAUGAAUGUAAGUCCUAGAUGGUGAGGGUGAGGAUGUUGAAAUUAAUCUACUGAUAGUAUUGAGAUUGUCCGUAAAGAACAGAGCCUUAAAUAGAAACUCUCUCUAUAUAAACGACUCUGAUAAAGAAUAGGGUUUCAGCUCCAUCUUGUGGUAGUGAGGUGGAAUUUCUUUUCUGAAAUAGGUAGGCCAAGGAGAUGAGGCAAUAUAAGGAUGCUGACUGAAAUUGAAUGUGUAUUUAUUGCUGAAUUCUUUGGCUUUGACAUGUAUUAAUUUAUAUUAUUUCAAUGCCCUUUGGGUAGACACAAAGCUUUAACAUAUUUUUGGAUGUAGUGAAGUCAGCAUUUCCAUAACCGCAUAGUAUGCAUCAGUCCAUUACUCUUUUAUUCCUGUAAAAGAUGGUCUGGAUUAUCUCUCAGGAACCUGAGCCCUAGGAAUGAUUUCAAUUCUCUUCCAUUUAUAAACGGAACACAAGGAUGAUUGUGCUUGGAUGAAUAAAGUUCUAUUUUCACAGUG